CUGAUAAUCUUGAGUACCUGAAAUUAUUCAUUUUUCCUUUUUGAGUUGAACCAUGAAAACCUACUCAUUUUUCGUGCUUUUUAUUGUAUUCAUCUUUUUUAUUUCUUCAUCAAAAUCUCAUUCAAAGAAACAUGUUCGUUUCCUUUGUGCAACAAAAGCGGUCAAACACAUUCGGAAAGUAUGCCCUGAUAUGUGUCUCACUGGAGAAGAAGUCGAAGUCAAUGAGUUUUGCAAGAUGGGGUACUCGGAUUCUCAAAUCAAGUACAUUUGCUGUCCCGAAUAAAAAAAAGCAAAAUGCAUGAAACGUCUUUAAAAUUUCUUUAAAGUUCGUCUCAGCAUCAUCUUGCUAUAUUUUGCAAUAAAAUACAUUU